AUGACUUCUUUAAAUGUGCCAACUCAGCGGAGACGAGCUCUGUCUGUCAACAAUGCCACGAACCGAGAGAAACAGGCGAUGAACGAUGCCUUGGACAACCUUGAAAGGGACCUAGGUCUGAUCUCUUCCACUUGGAAUCGAAUAAUUACACCGGAAACGAACCCUUUGGAAUUGGCCUUGGCUUUUCUCGAUGACACAUCUGUGGGUCUUGGACACCGUCAUGAAGAGUUCAAGCGGUGGAGCUCGCAACUAAGCAACGAUCUGCAACAAGCUGUAAACGAACACUAUCAGGCAUUCAAUGCAAACAUUGCAUCUUAUGAACAAACCGUGGAGUUUAUUAGUGAGUCGCAGAAGCUUGUUGGAGCUACUAAGGACAAUGUGGUGGACUCCACUGCCAGCUUUGGGGAAUCAGAAGAACAACUUGAAGAACUAAAUGAGAGUUCACAAAAGCUCAACAAGAUGCUGGAAAUACUGGACGCUGUAGAGCAGAUCAUAUCGCUCCCUGACUGUGUGGACGAGCUAAUAAAACAAAAAUCGUACUUACAAGCCAAAGAAGCAUUGGUAAGUGCAUUCUCUAUGGCCUCUCGAUACGAUAUAUGGAAGAUUCCAGCUCUUCAAACUACGAAACAGGUUUUAGAAUCCCAGAAACAUACGCUUUUCGAGACACUGAUCGAGGACAUAAAUGACCUCGUCUAUUCGAAGAGACUAAACGUGAGUCCGCGAUACGAAGUGAAGCCCCCUCAGCUUAAAGAUGGUGUUUAUGAUAACAUGGAGACUUUCUUGGUCAACAGUAUUGAUCUAGAUAUCGAGGAGCAAUCUCAAGCACUCAGUUCCGAGUUCAAUGGCUUUUUAGACAAGCUGAAAUUUCCUUCUUCUAAAGCUCACAACCAGGUGAAGGGACUAAGUCCUCAAGGAACUGUUCACGAAAGAAUCCUUGCAAUAUUGAGUCUACUCGAUGACAUGGAUGAGCUACAUCCUGCUCUUAUAAGUAUCUCUGGGCGGGCUAAGGAGGAGAUGCACAACAUUAUAAGUCAAGCAACCGAUACAGUGAGAUUGAAGCACCCUUCGCUCAUCAAAUUCUCAGCAUCCUUGGAAAACGAGGGCGACUUUGGAUUUCCCGGGCAGGAGGUCGUGUCGCUUUUCCUGCAAAACGUUUUCUGGGAGAUCUUUUCAAAACUUUUAUUCGCAAUUCAAGGACAUAGGGUGAUCUAUGAGGCUUCCAAGGCGUUACAGCCUUCAUCAGUAGUUGUAGAGCACUAUCACUUGAAGGAGGUAUGGAAUAAAACUCUCGAUGAAGUUCAUCAACUUCUUGUAAGCUAUACCAUGGAUCCUAAAAUUCGCGGCCUUCCGAUGAACAAAUUAUCCAAAAUUCAGUCGACACACCAACGAAUUGGCUUGAAAAAGCCACUACUAUAUUCCAUCCAAAACAAUUUGGACGAUAAAUCCUCUACCAGGGACCAUGCGAAUGAUUUGAGAGACUUACUCAAAGAAAUGUUCCCCGGAUUCUCAGCUGCAAGCAACUUGGAACUAAAAUCUAUCUAUCUCGAAGAAGAGACUUUCGAGCUCGACGAAACUCUAGUGCCUGCCAGGGUCUUCAACAUGGCAUUCAUUUUGGAGUCCCUUCUACUCUUUCUUGAAGGAAGCUCGACUGCUAUACCUCUAAAGCUCAUGAGCAACACGGAAGCGCCAAUUAACUUCUUCUCGCAUUUUAUGAAAAAUGAAUACCUUCCUCAACUAGGCCUGACAUUAACAUAUCUUUUCAAGAAAAACGUGGAAACUUUAAAUCCUUACGCCCUUGAAACCCAAGCCGAGGGGCAACCAGUUUUUAAAGCGGCAGUCGUUUUCAAAGAUCUAUAUCAUCAAGUUCUACGUUUACUCAACACAUCUUAUGGUUACAAGGACAAAGUCAUCAACGUUGUGCUUGAAUUACUAGACCGCUUUUGCUCCUACUAUCAGCGAAUAUUAGUCAAACUGCUUGGAAAUUCGGCAAAUCCUAUGCUUGACAAAAAGAUCAACAGCGUUUGGGCAGAAAAUGCAAGGUUGAAGGAUCUUACGAACAGGAUUUUUAACGGAGAAUCGACCUACGCAAAAGAAGAGAAUGCUGAACUUUUGAGGGCUUGCCCCGAAUUCUACCGAGACGGCAAGAGUUUGAAGAAGCAAGAUAUGUUCAAUACAAUCACGGUUGAGACGAUGGCUUCAUUUUUAACUACGCUCGGCGAUGUCACGGAAUGGCUUUUGCAACUGAGACAAUUGUCCAAAACUGCCGGCAUCGUUAAAACUGAAAAUGAAGAUGUGGUAGGCACUAAUGCACUGAGAAGCGAAUGGUCGCUUUUUGGAAUCUCGUUUGUCGAAAGUGUCGCUAACUAUAGAGGUUUGAAGCUUCUUUUGAACGAUGCUGCUGCUGAAAGAUUCGACAGUGCUCGUAAUAAGCUGGAAUCUAUGAAAUUCAGGUUAUGGUCUUCCUUGAGAUACGAUGUGAGGGCACGCUGCAUCUUUUACGUUACCAGGUUCUUGCGUGAGUCUUCCUGGUGUCCAGAAACCGCAGGUGUUGAUUUGAACGCUAGUAUUUCUGCACUCACUGCCGAACUCACGACCAUGGAGAACCGUCUACGCGAAUUGAUCACGCCAGAACAGAAAACCCUGAUUUUUGAAGGUAUUUACGAGACUUUGAAUGAUAUUCUGAUCAAAGGAGCGCGUGGACUGGUAGCAUUAAAUCACAAUGGCGUCAAGAAGAUGUCCAAAAACAUCAACAUAUUGCAGCACGCUUGUCGAAGCAUUUUUUCGUCACCGGAAAAUGUCAGUAUGGCUCCAGCGCUCGAAUAUUUUGCUCUGUGUGCUUCUUCUGAGUCUACUGUAAUACAGCGGGCUAAUGCUGGGGAGCUACAGGAAUACUCUGUUGAAGACAUCAAGAAUAUUCUGAGACUGCAGCUAAGUGAAGAGUUACAACGUCAAACUAAGCGUCAAUCGGGCAUGACAAGAGCACCUUCGAUUUCAGCAAACAAACGUCUAUCGGAUGCUUUCAGUCGGCUACAAUUGGCGAAAAGACACGAAUGA